AUGGCUACAGACUCCCCCAGAAGACCCAGUCGUUGUACUGGUGGAGCUGUGGUUCGCCCUCAGGCUGUCACGGAGCAGUCCUAUAUGGAAAGUGUAGUGACUUUUCUGCAAGAUGUUGUGCCUCAGGCUUACAGUGGAACACCUCUAACAGAAGAAAAGGAGAAAAUAGUCUGGGUCAGAUUUGAAAAUGCAGAUUUAAAUGAUACAUCAAGAAAUCUGGAAUUUCAUGAAAUUCAUAGCACAGGGAAUGAGCCGCCUUUGCUGAUUAUGAUUGGCUACAGUGAUGGAAUGCAGGUCUGGAGCAUCCCUAUCAGUGGGGAAGCACAGGAGCUUUUUUCUGUUCGACAUGGCCCCAUUCGAGCGGCUAGAAUCUUGCCUGCUCCACAGUUUGGUGCUCAAAAGUGUGACAACUUUGCUGAAAAAAGGCCCCUCCUUGGUGUUUGUAAGAGCACUGGAUCUUCUGGCACAAGUCCACCUUACUGUUGUGUGGAUUUAUAUUCACUCCGUACUGGGGAAAUGGUCAAGUCCAUUCAGUUUAAAACACCUAUCUAUGAUCUCCAUUGCAACAAAAGGAUCCUUGUCGUAGUAUUGCAGGAGAAAAUUGCUGCCUUUGAUAGUUGUACUUUCACGAAAAAAUUUUUUGUCACAAGCUGCUACCCUUGUCCCGGACCCAACAUGAAUCCUAUUGCUCUUGGGAGUCGCUGGCUUGCUUAUGCAGAAAACAAGUUGAUUCGAUGCCAUCAGUCCCGUGGUGGAGCCUGUGGAGACAACAUUCAGUCUUACACUGCCACAGUCAUUAGUGCUGCUAAAACUCUGAAAACUGGCUUGACAAUGGUUGGGAAGGUGGUGACCCAGCUGACGGGCACGCUACCUUCAGGUGUGACGGAAGAUGAAGUUGCCAUCCAUAGUAAUUCAAGGCGGAGUCCUCUGGUCCCAGGCAUCAUCACAGUCAUCGACACUGAAACAGUUGGAGAAGGCCAGGUGCUUGUGAGUGAGGAUUCUGACAGUGAUGGCAUCGUGGCCCAUUUCCCUGCUCAUGAAAAACCAGUGUGCUGUAUGGCUUUUAAUACAAGUGGAAUGCUUCUAGUCACAACAGAUACCCUUGGCCAUGACUUUCACGUCUUCCAAAUUUUGACUCAUCCUUGGUCCUCAUCACAAAGUGCUGUCCAUCAUUUAUAUACUCUUCACAGGGGAGAAACUGAAGCCAAAGUGCAGGACAUAUGUUUCAGCCAUGACUGCCGCUGGGUUGUGGUCAGUACACUCCGGGGCACUUCCCAUGUUUUCCCGAUCAACCCUUAUGGUGGCCAGCCUUGUGUGCGAACACAUAUGUCGCCACGAGUCGUGAAUCGUAUGAGUCGUUUCCAGAAGAGUGCUGGGCUGGAAGAGAUUGAACAAGAACUGACAUCUAAGCAAGGAGGUCGCUGUAGCCCUGUCCCAGGUCUAUCCAGCAGCCCCUCUGGAUCCCCUCUGCACGGGAAGCUCAACAGCCAAGACUCCUACAAUAAUUUUGCCAACAACAACCCUGGCAACCCUCGCCUCUCUCCUCUCCCCAGCCUGAUGGUGUUGAUGCCUCUCGCCCAAAUCAAACAGCCAAUGACACUUGGUACCAUCACCAAACGAACAGGGCCUUAUCUGUUUGGAGCGGGGUGUUUUUCCAUAAAAGCUCCAUGCAAAGUUAAACCACCUCCACAAAUUUCACCAAGCAAAUCAGUGGGCGGAGAAUUUUGUGUGGCAGCAACGUUUGGGACAUCCCGAUCGUGGUUUGCAAAUAAUGCAGGUCUGAAAAGAGAAAAAGAUCAGUCCAAACAGGUGGUGGUUGAGUCCCUCUACAUCAUCAGCUGCUACGGGACUUUAGUGGAGCACGUGAUGGAGCCACGGCCUCUGAGCACCGCCCCCAAGGUCAGCGAUGACACCCCGCUGGAGAUGAUGACAUCUCCCCGAGCCAGCUGGACUCUGGUCAGAACUCCUCAAUGGAAUGAAUUGCAGCCACCAUUUAACGCAAACCACCCUCUGCUCCUCGCUGCAGAUGCAGUGCAGUAUUAUCAGUUCCUGCUUGCUGGCUUGGUUCCCCCUGGAAGUCCUGGGCCCAUUACUCGGCACGGGUCCUAUGACAGUUUAGCUUCUGACCAUAGUGGACAGGAAGAUGAAGAGUGGCUGUCUCAGGUAGAAAUUGUAACGCAUACCGGACCCCACAGACGUCUGUGGAUGGGUCCACAGUUCCAGUUCAAAACCAUCCAUCCCUCAGGCCAGACCACAGUCAUAUCAUCCAGUUCAUCUGUGUUGCAGUCUCAUGGUCCAAGUGAUACUCCACAGCCCCUUUCGGAUUUUGAUACGGAUGAUCUUGACCUCAACAGUCUCAGGAUCCAGCCAGUCCGCUCUGACCCAGUCAGCAUGCCAGGGUCAUCCCGUCCAGUGUCUGAUCGAAGGGGAAUUUCCACCGUGAUCGAUGCUGCCUCAGGUGACGAAAACUCCAGGCAUACUUGUACCUUGGGUAUUCAAAGCCUUUGUGGAAUCAGUAAGAGGAUUAGGGAUGAGGGUGAAAUUAAAAGAAGGCUUAGUCCUGACCUGUGA